GCCAUCAGUUCGUAGUACCGAAGCACUUCAAGAACAGUUGAAAAGUUUUCGAGAGGCAAACGGAUUUGCUUUAAAGUACCAGUAAAUAUGAUUUGGAUAGUAUUGUGAACUCGCAAACAUCGGAAUACAGCAGCUAACAGCAAUGUUAGAGGAACAAAAAUAUAACAAUUUGAUUGGAUGAAUUAGUAUUUAAAAACUUUUUGCCUAAAAAGAAGUUAGCUGCAAGUAACACCGAAUUGCAAGUUUUCGAUCUAGUGCAUUUUUGGAAGCGUGAGAUAAGUUUUAGUACAACUGCCCUUAAAGCAAGACUAUACGCAGGCUGCUGUAUAUAUGUAUAUCUAAAACGGAUGUGUUUUUUUUUUUUUUUUUUUAAAUAACUGAAAAAUGAAUUCUGGAAGGAAAAAUGAGCCGUACCAACAAAACAUUAUGGGUGUUUUUUUGGAAGAUGUGAUGAUGCAUCGUUUUCUUUAGGACUGUCUGGACUUGGGAAGCAAUGCAUAUAAACAUGGGAUUAUGCCUAGGUUCCGAAGUGACAGAAGAAGGGAAGAAAGCGAAGAUAAACAGUGAGAAAAUAGAUCGGGAGUUGUAUGAAUACGCGAAACAGGAGCUCAAUGUGGUUAAAAUCCUAAUGCUGGGUGCUGCUGAAAGUGGGAAGAGCACACUGGUCAAGCAGAUGAAAAUCAUUCACAGCCAUGGAUUCACCAAGCAAGAACUCAUCAGCUUCAAGCCAGCAGUCCUGGAUAAUCUGCUGACCUCCAUGAAGUUUGUUCUGCACGGAAUGGGCGUUCUCAGAAUCAACCUGGCCAACAAUAAGAACAAGGUUCACGCUCACUCGCUCCUGUCUUGCGGACGCUGUUUCGAUGAGGAGCGGAUGCUCUUCCCCUUUGUGGCGCACGCCCUGCGUUGUCUGUGGGCGGACCUGGGGGUGCGAGUGGCCGCGGCGAGGGGCUAUGAGUAUGAACUCAAUGACUCGGCACUUUAUUUCUUUGACAACAUGAAUCGGAUUAUAUCUCCAGAGUAUGUUCCGACUGAAACGGACGUACUGCGCGUUCGACUGCGGACCACGGGCAUCAUCGAAACCCAGUUCAAAGUGAACCGCCUCGUCUUCAGGAUGUAUGACGUUGGAGGUCAGAGGACAGAACGGAGGAAGUGGAUUGGCUGCUUCGAGGAAGUGAGGGCAGUACUCUUCGUGGUCGCGCUGAGCGGGUAUGACAUGACCCUCAUAGAAGACCCUGCAAUGGUCAUUGCGUCUUUGCAGGCAGGUCGUUUUGGAGACCAGUCAGGUUGCAUUACCAGAGUUUACAACUGGCCGCAUGUAUCAGAGACGCUGGACCAAGUUUUCACGUCCAGUAGGCAUUAUAAGCAGGAAUGUGUAUCGUCCAAAGAGAUACAGAACUGUGCUGUCUGGGUUGUAGCUAAGCCUGCAGAGGACGCUGCAGAGGCAGGCCGCCCAUGCUUCGGUAUGAGGCACUCUUACCCUGACUAG